CAUUCAGCAGGUUUGGUUUUGGAGAGCCAUAACAAGUCAACCGUAAUUAAUCACAGCAACUUUUGUUCAUGGCUAUAAGAUCACACUCCCAAAAAUUCACCUACGAUGUGUUCCUCAACUUCAGAGGCUCAGACACACGCUAUGGUUUUGCUGGCAAUCUUUACAAAGCUCUUGAUGAUAGGGGAAUCCACACUUUCAUUGAUGAUGAGAAGCUUCAGGGUGGAGAUGAACUAGCACCAACACUUGUGAAGGCAAUUCAAGAGUCCAGGAUUGCCAUCACUGUGCUCUCUCACACCUAUGCUUCUUCUUCAUUUUGUUUGGAUGAACUGGUUUACAUCCUUGAACGUGCUGAGGAGAAAAAGUUGCUGGUUUUGCCAGUUUUUUAUAACGUGGAUCCUUCUUUUGUGAGGUACCAAGAAGGAAGUUAUGGUGAAGCAUUGGCUAGGCAUGAGGAAAGGCUCAAAGCUAAUAAUAAUAAGGAGAAGUUGGAGAAAUGGAAGAUGGCUCUUCAUCAAGUAGCUAACUUCUCUGGCUUUCAUUACAAAUAUGGAGAAGAAUAUGAAUACAAGUUUAUUGGGAGGAUUGUUGAGUGGGUCUCUGGUGAGAUUAAUCGUGCUCCUUUACAUGUGGUGGAUUACCCGGUUGGAUUAGAUUCACAAGUGUUAAAAGUGAUGAAGCUUUUGGAUGUUGGAUCUGGUGAUGGUGUCCACUUGAUAGGGUUCUAUGGAAUGGGUGGGGUAGGGAAAACGUCACUUGCUUCAGCAGUUUAUAAUUUGAUUGCUGGCCAUUUUGAUGGUUCCUGUUUUCUUCAAAAUGUGAGAGAGAAAUCAAACAAACACGGGUUAGAUCAUCUUCAAAGCAUCAUUCUUUCCGAAAUACUUGGAGAUAAGAGAAUCAUGUUUCCAAGUGAGCAGCAAGGAAUUUCAAUGAUACAACACAGACUCCAGAAAAAGAGGCUUCUUUUGAUUCUAGAUGAUGUUGACAAGCACGAGCAGUUACAGACACUUGUUGGAAGGCCUCACUGGGUUGGUCGUGGAAGCAAAGUCAUCAUCACCACUCGGGACAAACAUCUGCUGACAUCUCAUCAUGUUCAAGAAACAUAUGAGGUGAAGAAAUUAAACAAGAACCAUGCUCUUCAAUUACUUACAUGGAAAGUUUUCAAAUCAGAACAUGUUUAUCCGGCAUACGUGGAGGUGUUGAAUCGUGCAGUAACUUAUGCUUGUGGCCUUCCAUUGGCUUUGGAAGUAAUAGGUGCCAACCUGUGUGGAAAAAGUAUACAAGAAUGUGAAUCUGUCAUAGAUCAAUAUAAAAUAAUUCCAAACAAUCGAAUCCAAGAGACUCUUAAAGUAAGCUUUGAUGCUUUGCAGGAAGAAGAGAAGAGAGUUUUUCUUGACAUUGCUUGUUGCUUCAAAGGAUAUAAACUAACAGAAGUUGAAGAUAUACUUCAUGCUCAUCAUGGUGCUUGUAUGAAAUAUCAGAUAUGUGUAUUGGCUGAAAAAUCUCUCAUAAAGAUUGAUCAGUAUGACAGAGUUACAUUGCAUGACUUGGUAGAGGACAUGGGUAAGGAAAUUGUCAGACAAGAAUCACCAGAAGAACCAGGGAAGCGCAGUAGGUUAUGGUUACCAAAUGCUAUAAUCCAAGUUUUGGAAGACAACACUGGAACAAGUGAAAUUAAAAUCAUAUGUCUGGAUUUCCCCUUGUUUGAAAAGAAAAUGGUAGAAUGGGAUGGGAUGGCCUUCCAGAAGACGGAAAACCUCAAAACACUUAUUAUUAGAAAUGGUAUUUUUUCUGAUGAUCCCAAAUGUUUUCCAAAUAGUUUGAGAGUGUUGGAAUGGUGGAGAUAUCCUUCACAUUGUUUACCAUCUUAUUUUCAACCAAAACAACUUGCAAUAUGCAAGUUACCGCAUAGCCUCUUCAUGUCAUUUCAGAUGGGUGGCUUAAGCAAGAAGCUCAGGAAUCUACGGGUUUUGAAUUUUGACUGCUGUGAAUGUUUAACUCAGAUACCCGAUGCUGUAUCUAAUCUCCAAAAUUUGGAGGAACUUUCGUUUAAAAAUUGCGUAAAUUUAGUUAGAGUUCAUAAUUCGGUUGGUCUGCUGCAUAAACUUAGGAUAUUGGAAGCUUCUGGUUGCAUCAAGCUUAGGAAUUUUCCACCCCUGAAGUUGAGUUCUCUUGAAAAACUUGAACUUUCACAUUGUUCUAGUCUCAAGAGUUUUCCAGAAAUUAUAGGAAAGAUGGAAAACAUAAGGGAACUUCGGUUGCUAGGAACUCUCAUAAAAGAGUUGCCACUUUCAUUUCAAAAUCUAACUCGGCUUAGAAAGUUGUCCUUGCUAUUCUGUGGAAUUGUUCAGUUACAAAGCAGCAUUGUCAUGAUGCCAGAACUGACUCUUAUUGAGGCUUGGGGAUGGAAAGGGUGGCAGUGGACAAAGCGGGAAGAGGAUGAAGAAAAAGAUGGCUCAAUGGUACCUUCAAAAGUAGAAUUGCUUUGGGCGUCAAAAUGCAACCUGUGUGAUGAUUUUUUUCAAAUAGGUUUCACACGGUUUGCUCAUGUGAUAGAUUUAGACCUAUCGAACAAUAAUUUCACACACCUUCCUGAAUGCAUCAAAGAAUGUCAAUUUUUAAAAAAGCUUGACGUCAGUUGUUGCAGGCAACUUCGGGAAAUCAGAGGAAUUCCACCAAAGUUGAAACAUUUCAAUGCAACAAACUGUUUGUCACUGACAUCCUCGAGUAUAAGCAUGUUCCUGAACCAGGAUCUGCAUGAGACUCGAAAAACUCUGUUACUUUUGCCAGGAUCUAGGAACCCUGAAUGGUUCAAUCACACAAGUUAUAGACCAUCGAGUUCUUUCUGGAUUCGCAACAAGUUCCCUGGCAAAGUUCUUUGUCUUUUUGUUGCACCGAAGGAUAGAGACAUUAGUGAUUAUGUUAAACCCAUGUUGCUCAUCAAUGACAAAGUUUAUGUAUGUUUCUUUGAUAGGCUCAAGUUCUUGAAGUUGGGAGCAGAACACACAUUUCUUUUCGAUCUACGAAAUUUAAUUUUUACCAACAAUCUGUAUGAAGUGCCUUUAGAAAAUGAAUGGAACCAUGUGAAGGUUACAUGUUUUGAUUUGACAGCAGCCUCAAUGCCUACACCGGUGCCUAUACAAAGCGGAAUCCAUGUAUUCAAGCAGGAAAAUAGCGAUGAAGAUAUCAUGUUCACUGAUCCUUAUACAAAGAAGAGGGAGCUAGAAAUGAUCCUUCCUCUUUCUCCAUCUAUUAUUUUGGACUUGGAUUUGAACUUUGAUUAUUUGGACUUUUGAUUUGGGCUUUGAUUUGGACUUUGAUGUUUCUGAUAACUUUUCUGAUAGUAUGUUAAAAAGGUUCUUGACUUGGA